UCAUCUUUAUCUAUCACAAGUCCACGUUGUCGAUGGAUAUUCACGAUCCGGUGAAAAACAAGAGGGGUAUGCGGAUGUUAUCAUGUUAUUCCACAAUAUAAAAGACUGGGUUUUCAACGUCGAACCCCCCAGCACUUGGCGAAAACCAGCACAUCCUCCCGAAAACAUCGAUAGCUCUCUUCCUUUGUUUACUCUAUGGCAGCACAGUCAAACGAGGUACUUUCGUGGACUAGUCAGGAUCCGCGCGAGAGUCAACUCUUUAAUGCGUGGGGUGUUGUCUAUCGCUUUGCGACUGUAGUGGCCCCUAGUGGGCAGAGUACUACGACCCUCUGGCGAGCGGUACGAGCUAACAAGGAAGACCGCGUCGCAAAAUUGGAAUGGGCUUCGAACGGCGGCCUCGGCCGCGCAGUAAUCGGCAAGAAUACAGUACCGAUGUCCGACUUGGUUCGGCCUGAUCCACGAUACCCGGGCGCGCGCAUAUUCAACGCACCUGAUGGUCUGACAUACCGCUGGCGGCAGACCCAAGGUUCCGCUGAUGUCGUGCUGGAAGAUUCAGCUGGAAAUAUCGUUGCAGUCUUCCGCCCCACACGACCAACACGGUAUCAAAUUGGGGAUGUCUAUGGUGAGCUGCACUUUCUGCGAAACUCUGGAGCAGCUACCAUCAUGCAUCCCCCAAUCAUGGACACGGUCACAGUGACCGCCAUGCUAUACCGGUUUUGCCAGGCAUUUGGCCUUUGAUACUCAUCUUUAACGCAUGUUAGCAAUGUUAUUCGCACUGUAAAUUGCCCCAUAUUUCCCUUUGUACGUAUCAUCGUCGCAUUCUUCCACGC